GAACCAAAACGAACCAGAGGUAACUAAUUUACGGGUUUUAGGACUACACGAUGGCGAGCUCUAUGGGUCAAACACGCCCACGCGGGGCACUGCUGAAAAACUACUUUACCCAGAAGCUUUUCGUCAAUUUAUGGCGGAUUCUACAGAGCGUGGCUAGCUAGCUUAUAUACAAAAAAACAACAACAAAAUCUAGUGGGUAGAAGAUGCUGCGGAGAAAGCCCACCCGUCUGGAGCUGAAGUUGGAUGACACUGAGGAGUUCGAGAGUGUCAAGAAAGAGCUUGAGAGUCGGAAGAAACAGCGAGAUGAGGUGGAUGUUGUUGGCGUGGCGAUGUCGAGUGACAUGGUGGGGGCCAGUAGUGGAACAGGGGAUGGGAAGACACGGGAACAGAUGAUCAAUGAGAGAAUAGGCUACAAGCCCCAUCCUAAACCCAACACCUUGCCAUCGCUCUUUGGAAACCUGCAAUUUUAGGUUCCUAAUGGACACAUUAGAGACUGCUAAAACUGUUGGCCCCUCCAGCAUUGGUGUGUGGUUGGCACAGUGACUGUGCUCUUGACAUGGUCAGGGAUAUUUGUUUACCUGAGAUAAGUAUAUCUCUACAAAUAAAUGUGUACUUUGAGGAUCACUUUGCAUUUAUAACAGUCUAAAGUAAUGUUGCUGCAUUUACCUGAAAAGUUAUGACUUGCGAUACAAAGUGUGGCCUUUUGUACAAUUUAUUGUUUGAUGGGAGCGGUUGUGUACAGCGGUUUCCCUCCUUUAUUACAAACAUCCAGACUUUGUAGUCCCAGGAAGGUGAAGGUAGCAUCUGUGGAAAGAUGGAUGAACAGAAUGGACUUGAUAACUAAUCAGUUAUUACUUACAAUGGUAUGAUUGUACUUUUAUUUGCCUACAAGGCCGCAUUAUGUCAAGGACCGGAGAAUGCAACAGAAUCAAACAAAUACAGUUCUUGAAUGAUA